CUGAGAUUAAAAAAAAAAAAAAAACAUUACGAAGGAUUUGAAUUAAAAAGUUAAGAUAAAAUAUUGAGAGGAAUAUUUAUUCACCACUCCCUCUUUUCCUGAGGAAGAUUAUUGUUGUUAUUGUUGUUGUUGUUGUUGUUGUUGCUGUUUGAGUUGUUAUAUGAAAUAAUGUCGUGAAUAAAAAAUAAAUAUAAAUAAGGACAAGAAAAAUAUAACAAGAUGAGUUCUUUGAGAAGAACUACGAAUCAAUCAACCAGAGAGGGGGCUACUUCGAGAAGACACGCAUUGUCAGGUGUUAGCACCAAAAGCGUGAGGAAUCUUCUUCACGGUGGUACCGCACCUGGUUCACCACUACGUUUGAGAUCGAAAUACGAAUUGAGGAGCAUCAGCUUCGAGGGUAGCAAAGUCUUACCAUGGACCACCAGAUCUACGACGGAUGCAAUAUCGAGAAGAGGUGUAUUAUCGAGACGAUGCUAUGGAAGUGUCGAAAUGUUGCCACAAAUCGAGCAAGACGGCACAGACAACGGGAGAAGAUUUCGUAUGGAAAAUGGUGAUUCUCCUGGCGAAAAAGAAGAAAUGUUUGGUUCUCCGAAUAUACCGAUAUUGGAAAAUCCGGAAUAUCAAACACGAUGGUACUUCAAAUACUUUCUGGGCAAACUUCAUCAAAAUUACGUGACUUCUGAUCACGAAAGGAAUCCACUGUUUCUCUCGGUGGUUAUGAGUGAGGGUGGAGAUCAAUGCGUAUCCCAUUACAGGGUUAUUUUAUGGAGAAGAACGGGUGCACAAAGGAUAUCUUUGCCAUUUUCGGCAAACAAAACCAUGACAAUCAGGCAAAUCCUGAGCAACUUUUUCGGCCUGGAAAAACUCGACAAGGCACCGCGCGAAGUUUUAUCCCCCGAGUUACAAAAGGAUUUACUAUUGCUGGAGGAACAAGAGGGAUCGGUCAAUUUCAAGUUUGGUGUUAUAUACGCAAAAGAGGGCCAGACUACCGACGAUGAGAUGUUAUCGAACGUAGAAGAAAAAGAAACGGAGAAACGAUGUGAUCUCUCUCUCAAAGGAGGGCACGAUCGACCCGCGGGUCGCGUCUUCUUUAUUGUUCGCAGAAAGUGGCAGCCCAGGUUUCGAGAAGUUCCUCGAUAUUCUUGGUGAGAAGAUACGACUAAGGGGUUGGGACAAGUACCGUGGCGGCCUCGAUGUUAAAGGUGACAUGACUGGAAGGGAAAGCGUUUACACGAUAUAUGCCGGUCACGAAGUGAUGUAUCACGUCAGCACAAUGUUACCUUACU